CACCUCUCCUCCCGCAAGCAACCGCGGCACAAUGCAUCACGGUGGGAGGCAAGCUCAGCUCCCCUGCGCCGCCGGGAAGCGGCUGCCCCUCCCUCUGGAUCACACAAGGUUUUUGCAGUAGUGGUGACAGCCCGAUUGGGCACCGGGGAAGCAACUGAUUCGUCUACUGCCCGCAGCCCAGAGUUGCCUACGCUGCCCAGAGAGGGAAAGAGGAAAGAGGAGAGAGAGAGAGAGAGAGAGAGAGAGAGAGAGAGAGAGAGAGAGAGAGAGAGAGAGAGAGAGAGAGAGAGAGAGACUUACAAAACCUUCCAUCCAUGUGGAGUAGUCUGAGCGAAUCACUGUCCACGGUCUGCAGACUCCAACUGUACUUAGUUUCCGCUUCUGCCGGGGACACAUCUGCUGAUCUUUCAAGCCAAGUCCCCAGGACUUAACAUCUCCCCGCCAGCAGGGAAGACAAGGAGUUGCCAAGAAUUUGGCUCACCCAUUCCGCUGCAAUCUUCUACUGUCCUGGUGUGACAGUCUUCUGCCAUGACUGACACUGUGGUGAACCGAUGGAUGUACCCUGGUGACGGCCCGCUUCAGUCAAAUGACAAGGAACAGCUGCAGGCAGGAUGGUCCGUCCAUCCUGGAGUGCAGACCGACAGGCAGAGGAACCAGGAAGAGCUGACAGACGAGGAGAAGGAGAUCAUCAACCGUGUGAUCGCUCGGGCAGAGAAGAUGGAGGCAAUGGAACAGGAGCGCAUUGGGCGCCUGGUGGACCGUCUGGAAAACAUGAGGAAGAAUGUGGCCGGGGAUGGUGUGAACCGCUGCAUUCUGUGUGGAGAGCAGCUGGGCAUGCUGGGCUCUACCUGUGUGGUGUGUGAAGACUGUAAGAAGAAUGUCUGUACCAAGUGUGGGGUGGAGACCUCCAACAACCGCCCGCAUCCAGUAUGGCUUUGUAAGAUCUGCCUUGAACAGAGGGAGGUCUGGAAGCGCUCAGGGGCAUGGUUCUUCAAAGGUUUCCCCAAACAGGUCCUUCCACAGCCCAUGCCUAUAAAGAAGACCAAGCCCCAGCAGCCUGCUGGUGAGCCUGCCGCCCUGGAGCAGCCCACACCUGAGUCCAGGCACACAGCCCGGGCUCCAGCUCGAGGUGAUAUGGAGGAGAGGAGGGCCCCAGGUCAGAAGCCAGGCCCCGACCUCACCUCUGCUUCUGGGCGAGGAAGCCAUGGGCCUCCCAUGCGCAGGGCCUCUGAGGCACGAAUGAGUACUACUGCCCGGGAUUCCGAGGGCUGGGACCAUGGCCAUGGUGGGGGUGCUGGAGAUGCCAGCCAGAGCCCAGCAGGUUUGAGGCGGGCUAACUCAGUCCAGGCCUCCCGCCCUGCCCCAGCCUCAAUGCCAAGCCCGGCACCACCUCAACCUGUGCAGCCAGGCCCCCCUGGGGGCAGCAGGGCCACUCCUGGGCCAGGACGCUUUCCAGAGCAGAGUGCAGAGGCUCCUCCAAGUGACCCUGGUUAUCCAGGGGCUGUUGCCCCAUCCCGGGAGGAGAGGACAGGUCCCACAGGGGGCUUCCCGUCAGCUCCCCACACUGCAGGCCCCUAUUCCCAGGCGGCCCCUGCCCGCCAGCCGCGGCCACCGGCCGAGGAGGAGGAGGAGGAAGCCAAUAGCUAUGACUCUGAUGAAGCAACCACGCUGGGUGCCCUGGAAUUCAGUCUUCUCUAUGACCAGGACAAUAGCAACCUGCAGUGUACCAUCAUCAGGGCAAAGGGACUGAAGCCCAUGGACUCCAAUGGCUUGGCGGACCCCUAUGUGAAGUUGCACCUGCUGCCUGGGGCCAGCAAGUCCAACAAGCUUCGUACGAAGACCCUGCGCAACACGCGGAACCCUGUGUGGAAUGAGACGCUGCAGUACCAUGGCAUUACGGAGGAGGACAUGCAGAGAAAGACGCUCAGGGUCUCUGUGUGCGAUGAGGACAAGUUUGGCCACAAUGAGUUCAUUGGUGAGACCAGGGUCUCGCUCAAGAAGCUGAAAGCCAACCAAAGGAAAAACUUCAACAUCUGCCUGGAGCGGGUGAUCCCGAUGAAGCGCGCAGGGACCACUGGGUCAGCCCGUGGCAUGGCGCUCUACGAGGAGGAGCAGGUGGAGCGAAUCGGUGACAUAGAGGAACGUGGCAAGAUCCUGGUGUCCCUCAUGUACAGCACUCAGCAGGGUGGCCUCAUCGUGGGCAUUAUCCGCUGUGUGCACCUGGCCGCCAUGGAUGCCAACGGCUACUCAGACCCCUUCGUCAAGCUCUGGCUGAAACCGGACAUGGGCAAGAAAGCCAAGCACAAGACUCAGAUUAAAAAGAAAACCCUGAACCCUGAGUUUAAUGAGGAGUUUUUUUAUGACAUCAAACACAGCGACCUGGCCAAAAAGUCCCUGGAUAUCUCAGUAUGGGACUACGACAUCGGCAAAUCUAACGAUUACAUUGGAGGCUGCCAGCUGGGGAUCUCUGCCAAAGGUGAGCGCUUGAAACACUGGUAUGAAUGUCUGAAGAACAAGGACAAGAAAAUAGAGCGCUGGCACCAACUGCAGAAUGAGAACCACGUGUCCAGUGAUUAGGAACUAGUGUUCCCCGUGCUCCCGUCUCCACCCCAGCCGCGAUCCCCUCUCAGAGCCUUCCUGCUACCCUUGAGCCUCUGAUGUCUCCCCCACUUCAGACUGCUGCCAAAGACCCACUCCCUGGGCUGCAGGAUCUGGAUGCCAGCCCUCUCUGGUCCCUGUGGUGGGGUGGUGGGAGUGGGGAGCUGUUUACAAAGGGGCUUGCUUUAACCUUGAACACAUACAAGGUCAUUCCUUGUGUCCUGUCUGUGUGUCCCCCUGGGCACUGGCAGACCCCUCCGGCUGUAAGGAUCAGCACAGGGGCAGAAAUUGUACAUUGAUGCUGCCUCUGUCCCCUCAAAACAAUCAGACCCACCCCGGGCUCUAGACACACCCGGAGAUAGAUACACAGAAUAUACAGAGGGCCCGCACCCCCCUCUUCCAGGAAAACCAAUCCCCCUCCCUCCUCCUUGCUAUCUUCCAUCCUACCAAUGCCUCCCACCCACCCUCAUGCCCCUCUGCCCUCCUGCUUCUCGCCUACUCUCCCCUCUACAUUGGGGGAUGCGAGGCAGAGCCUCACCCCUCCCCAUGCCCCUUGCCAGCCUGGUCAGCAGCUUCACAAGCCGGAUAAAUCUGGGCCCCACACCUCUGAAGUCACAUCUCCCGCUGGCGUGCCUGGCUGUCCUCAGGCCUGGGGGCUGCAGUGGGCACAGCCUGGCCGCAUGGCAGCCAUCCUCCAGCACUAUAGACACUUUGAGGUCCUGGAUCUCUUUCUUGUCCCUGGCCCCCCAAGUGAGCACAGGGCUCUGGGUCUGAGGGGACCUCCUCCCAGGCCCCUCGCUUCUCCCCUUCUCCUACUCUUUGGCAAUGAACAAAGGAACAGCCCCCCCCCCCCGCUCCCCGUCAGAGCCUCCUCUGUUCUGCUCUCUUCCCUGAGGUUCCCAGGGGCAAUCAGAUAGCAGUAUUAAAAACUCUGAUCAGGGCAGGACCCUCUAGGCCCAUCACAAACCAAGAGGAAGGUACAUCGAGGCUGGGACGGGCCAUCUUCCACACAGGAGAAGAAAAGUCUGGUUUUUCCCAUGUUGAUAGUCAUUCCCCGUCAGUGUCCCAAGUCCCCCUAUGCCCAACUGCGGCAGUCGGACCAAGACUAAAAACUCUCAUUCCCAGCUCAGCCUUGCUCGUUCCUUCCGAUGUCCCCUGGGAUGCUCCCCACUCUCGGUGACUCGUGCUGUGGCUGAGGGACUCUUCUAGAAUCAGGCUCUGUCUGCCCUGAGGUGGCUAACCAUCUCCUGCUGCCAUUUUCCUCCUUACCUUUAAUUCUGUUUAGUCCCUAUAGUCCCCAUGCUUUGCCCUCUUCCCUGUCACGGUCACCCUUAGGAGAAAGCAUGCUGGCUGGCUGUGUCGCCCAAGCCUGAUGCUGGUUUUGGCUCUGGAUUCAGAAUGCAGCCUGCUCGAAGCACCCUGAUGCCCUCCCCGACACACGCACCUGCCCUUCCACUUAGAACACACGUCCCCGGGUGCAUGCACGAUGCCCACCUGCCUUUACUUUGCACUGAUGUAGCCAACAAAUAAAGUAGGAAUAUCCGAGAAA